AUGCUUAGAAGAAAAUUUCCUUUUCUCUUAACAAAAAGAUAUAUUACUGAGCAAAAAAUUUUUGAUAAAUUAAAAAAAAUUCAAAAUAUUAAUGAAUGCGAAAAUAUUAAAAAAGAGGAAAAUGAAAAAAUUGAAAUAAUCAACAUUGAUGAUCAAAUCACUGAACAUACUAAAUUAAAAAAUAAAGAAUCUUAUGAAAAUGAAAAAGAUGAUGAAUUUCAUGAGAAUAUUAAAUUUUUUAAGAACAUAAAUAUAAAGGAUUUUAUUGAAGAAACAAUAGAUUAUUAUAGCUCAAAGCAGUUUAAUGAAAAUGAAUGGAUAAAUGAAAAAAAAACACCAAAUGAAAAAAUAAGUACAUCUAAAGAUAUAUAUAAUACUAAAAAUUGUAGUAAAACAAUUUUAAACGAAGACAUACAACCAGAUAAAAUGGAGGAAGACAAAUGUAUAAACGAAAAUUUUUAUUAUUUAAAAGAACAUAAUAAUAAAAUAAAUGAAAAUACGAAAAAUGAAAAUUUUAAAGAUAAAUAUGAAGGUUUAACUCCAGCACAAAGAUUUUUUGAAGAAAAUAAAGAAAAGUUAAUAUAUGAAAGUUUAAAAUUAUAUAAUGAAAAAAAAACGAAAUUAAAUGAUAAUGAUAAUGAGAAUGAUCAUGAUUAUUAUAAUUGUACUACUGAUCCAAUUGUAAGACCUAAUGAAAAUUAUUUAUUUGAUUACGAAAAUGAUGAAAAUGAUGAUAUGAAUGAAAACUUAGAAUUAGAAAAAGGGAUAAUGCCCACGAUAGAACAAGUAGUUUGUAUAUUAAAGCAUGAAAAGGUUAAAAAUAUUAAAGUAAUCGAUUUAAAUAAAUGUGGAAGAAGAGAUAUUGGUAUGUUCUUAAUUUUAUGUACUGGUCAAACAGCAAAACAUAACAAAAAAGUAGGAAAGUUAAUAAGCAAAAUUCUUAUUGAUUUAGAAAUACCUUAUAUAUCCAAUGUAGUAUAUUGUUAUUGUAAUAAAUUUGAUGAUUGGAUAAUAAGCCAUUGUGGACCCCUGAAAAUUCAUAUAGUCACAAAAGAAAUAAGAGAUAUAUAUAAUAUAGAAAAUUUAUUUUUAUAUCCUCAUGAACAUUUUGAUAGCCAACAUUUUCCUUCAUUUUUUGAUUAUACUCCAGGUAUACCUCCACCUUACUUAGUUAGAAGUAACUCUUCAUUAGACGCCUAUCAAAAUGAUAUAUUAUACAAAAAAUUUAUUUCUGAUACUUGA